UCAAGAUAUUAUAAAUAAUUUAAUCAAUUUAGAUAUUAUAAAUAAUUUAUCAAAGUGCCCAUUUUUCAUAUAGAUUCAAUGGCAUGCAUGAACAUUACAAACUAAACAAUCUUCAUUGUUUGCAACAAUGAAAAAAUAGCCAACACAAGUAGCUUCGAUUUUUUUUUUAAGUCUCCAUCCCCUCUCUUACCUAUAUAUAUAACAGCACAAGCUGCGGCAAGCAUUGUGGGCUUCACUCUGCUGCAUCUGUGUGUGUAAGAGAGAGAGAAAUGGAGUUGUACAGAAAUGAUGAGCAUGGUUUCUUGGAAGAGUUACUAGAAAUGGAGUCCUUCACAAAUCAAGAAAGCUUGCCUAGUCUUGCUUGUAUCCCUUCCUACCAACUAUCACCGCCCGACUUCAGCUUCAUCCAAACGCUCCCUUAUGAUUUUCAAAAUCCCGAACCCCACAGUUUGAACACGAGCCCUCAGAAGCCGGCGUCGAAGAACCUCAUGGCGGAGAGACGGCGGCGGAAGCGCCUCAACGACCGCCUCUCCAUGCUCAGAUCAGUUGUUCCUAGGAUUAGCAAGAUGGACAGAGCAUCUAUUUUGGGAGACACCAUAGACUACAUGAGAGAACUGCUGGGAAGAAUCAACAACUUGCAGGAAGAAACGCAUUUAUUCAAGGAUGUCAAACCCAACGAAAUUUUACUCAGAAAUUCGCCCAAGUUUCAAGUGGAAAGAGGAAAUCCGGAUACAAGAAUUGAGAUUUGCUGCGGGGGAUUGUUGCUGUCAACGGUGACUACAUUAGAAGCAUUAGGCGUCGAGAUUCAGCACUGUGUUAUUAGCUGUUUUAAUGACUUUGCACUGCAAGCCUCUUGCUCAGAGGAUUUGAAGAAGAUAGCGAUUUUGGAUCCAGAAGACAUAAAGCAGGCGCUUGUGAGAAAUGCAGGAUAUGGAGGGAAGUGCCUCUAA